CGCAGUGCAGAUCCCCCCCCACCCCGAUUGUGACAUGCAGUGGCCAAAGAUGGCGGCGCUGAGAAGCACGCUCGUCCGUUUCCGCGAAAGGGCACGAGCUCUGAGCCUGCUGCAGUCCAGGGGAAUGCGCGAGUCCCGUCCGGCCGCGAGGCGAUACGUGGCGGGCACGCCGAGGACAGAGCUUCAGUUUAAACUAGAUGAGCGGACAGCGCAUAGCAGCUUGGACCUGUUCAAGAAGGACACCGGAGUCAUCUACCGCAUUCUUGGCUUGGACCCGAGCCUGGUCAUGGACAACCCCGAGCGGUUCCGGGACUGGGCUGUGGUCUUCGGCGACUGCCAAGUCAUGAGCGGGCGCCACUACUGGGAGGUGACCGUGCGCAAGUCGGAGGAGUUCCGGGUGGGUGCGGCGGAGGCGGGGAUGCCGCGCGACGAGUGUAUCGGCACCAACAGCUGCUCUUGGGUGUUCGCCUACACCCAGCGCAAGUGGUACGCCAUGACCAGCAACAAGAUGGUGCCCUUGUCAGGUGUGGGAAAGCCGGACCGCGUGGGCCUGCUUCUGGACUGUGAGGCGGGUCUGCUGGGCUUGGUCGAUGUUCAAAAGCCCAGGGUUAUCCACUCCAUCAAGGCUUCGUUUAGGGCUUCUCUUUGCCCCGCGUUCGCACUCUGGGAUGGGGAAUUGCUCACACACUCCAGCCUGGAGGUUCCGGAGGGCCUGGAUUGAAGACGUGGUGCUACCGGGGAACUACAUGAGGAACAACAGCCAGCUGGGGAAGGGCAGCCUUGUUCUUACAGGACUCGGGAAGGGAUGGGAGGAUGAUGUUCAUUGAAUCACCUUUUCCGUCAUGUACAAAUGGAUAAAGCGGUGCCAUUACAGUGUUACAACACCCCACAAAGUGCUCUUCACUUCCACAUUUAACAGGGUAUGCUUUGGGAGAGAAACACACUGGUCCAGGGUGAAGUGGAGCUCAGGCACACAGGAAGGUUCUUCAGGUUUCUUAUUUCACUCAGCUGUUUAACAGCCCCAGAAGUAUCUGACAUAUUGUCACCGCAGUCAAUGGAACAAACCAACCCAGAACAUGUUAAGGUCCCCUGCAAGAAGCUACUUUCAUGUUAAUGGUUGGAAAUCGCCUUGGAGGGGAUGGGUGAUUGUAUUGUCAAAUCAAAAUGAAACAUUGUGAAAAAGUAUAUGGGUGCAAUUAAAACAACU